CCAGGUUUUACUGUACUCUAGAGUAGAGUACCUAGGUAGAGUAGAGUAGAGUAAAUUAACGGAUCCAAGGCUAGUGGCAUAUUUACACUAUAUCUAUUCUACGUCAUAAAAGAACCUCUAUAUCGAUCCAUCCCGCCAUGAUUCUAACCACAACCCAAAAAAAUGACCAACAAGUCAAGGAGAUCAUUACCCGAUGAUAAAACGCAAUGAAGCGACAAAAGAAGAGCUCUGCAAGCCUGCAUACAACUCAACCAGACAAGCCAACCAAUAUCGAUGGACCCAUCUUCUUCUACAUGCCAGAUGACACACACGGCGAGUUCUGCCAGUGGUUUCCCUCCCCUUUUACCCUCAGCAAGACCGAGAUAUCCUCACAGAUCGGCUACGCCAUAGACGACGACGCCGCCGAGGGGAGCAUCACUUUCACCUGCGCCGAACAGUUCAUGAUGUACUGCAAGGCCGGCCGAUUCCACGACAGAGAAACUCAAAGACGAGUCCUUGCAACUACCUCCCCGAAGGAGCAGAAACGACUGGGCAGGUUGACGGCAGGUUUCACAGACGUGAGCUGGGGCGAGGUUAAGAGUCUGGUGGUUGUGGCUGGUACCAUUGCCAAGUUCGGACAGAAUCCAAAAUUGAAAAGCAAGCUGCUUGCUACUGGUGAUCGGUUGCUGGUAGAGGCGGCAUCAAAUGAUAGGGUAUGGGGUAUUGGAUAUACGGCUAAGCAUGCUAUGUCGUAUCGACAGCAUUGGGGGGAAAAUCGGUUGGGGAAGGCACUUAUGGAGGCUAGAGAGCAUCUGCGACAGGAAGAUGCUAAGAGGGAUGACAAUCUGCUAAUAGGGCAUGAGCCUCGUGUCUGAGAGGUUUAGCAAAGCAGCUUCUUCAACGUGAUAUAUCGCGUUGUGACCCAGAACGUUCACCUAUU